AAUGAAGAGAGUGAUUACAUAUUACACAGAAUGAGAAUCCAAGUUCAAGUGAGUGCAUUCAGGAUUUUUAUAGUUAAAAAAUUGAACACGGAGCGCGGAAUCAAGCAGUGUUUCAACAGGAUAUUCUAAAAAGCCAGAUGAAAUGAGCAAAACAAGUCGCAAAAGGCUUAAACCAGGAGAGAAUCCUAGGCCAAGGCCAAGACAUCGGCAAAUGAUCCAAGAUCGUGUGAAGGAACUUCGAGAAAUUGUGCCUAAUGGGGUAAAGUGUAGCAUUGAUGCACUGUUCGAACGCACGAUCAAACACAUGCUUUUCUUGCAAAGUGUCACAAAGCAUGCAGACAAACUAAAACAGACUGGAGAGUCAAAGAUUAUCAGUAAGGAAGGAGGAUUGCUUUUAAAGGAUAAUCUUGAAGGUGGAGCAACAUGGGCAUAUGAAGUAGGCUCACAGUCUAUGGUCUGCCCUAUUAUAGUUGAGGAUCUAAAUCAACCUCGUCAAAUGCUUGUGGAGAUGCUUUGCGAGGAACGGGGCUUAUUUUUGGAAAUAGCUGACAUUAUAAGAGGAUUGGGCUUGACUAUCCUGAUGGAGGUGAUGGAAACAAGGAACGACAAAAUAUGGGCACAAUUUGUUGUAGAGGUAACCAAUCAAGAUUUGGAUGUAACCUGCUACUUGUACUCUCACAAUUUUUUCUUGGUUGUUUAUCAUUUAGCAUGACUUACAAUUUGCUAUUUAAAAACAGGUGAACAGAGAUGUCACAAGGAUGGAGAUAUUCAUCUCACUCGUUCGCCUCUUGGAGCAAACAGCAAAAGGUGGAACAGAACUUGUCAAUGCUGCUGAUAACAACACAGCAAUGGUGCAUUCAUUCCACCAAGCAGCGACAUUACCUGCAACUGGUAGAUCUUGUAGUUUGUUGUGAUCAACAUGUUACUACUGCUUCACCCGGUAAUGUUAAGAGAAAGCAACAAUUACAUGCUUGCCAUGACUAAC